AUGGAGCCCGGCACUUAUACCACUUUGGACGGCGCCAAGGAGAUCGAAGGCUUGCUGGGAGCUGGAGGGAGUCGGAACCUGGUCACCCACUCCCCACUGACCAGCCAUCCAGCGGCGGCGCCUACGCUGAUGCCUGCUGUCAACUACGCCCCGCUGGAUCUGCCAGGCUCUGCGGAACCGCCAAAGCAGUGCCACCCAUGCCCCGGGGUGCCCCAGGGGGCGUCCCCAGCUCCAGUGCCUUACGGCUACUUUGGAGGCGGGUACUACUCCUGCCGAGUGUCCCGAAGCUCGCUGAAGCCCUGUGCCCAGGCGGCCACUCUGGCCGCCCACCCUGCGGAAACUCCGGCGUCUGGGGAAGAGUACCCCAGCCGCCCCACCGAGUUUGCCUUCUACCCGGGAUACCCGGGACCCUACCAGCCUAUGGCCAGUUACCUGGAUGUGUCGGUGGUGCAGACAUUGGGUGCCCCUGGGGAGCCUCGCCACGACUCCCUGCUGCCUGUGGACAGUUACCAACCCUGGGCCCUCACCAGUGGCUGGAACAGUCAGAUGUGUUGCCAGGGAGAACAGAACCCCCCAGGUCCUUUCUGGAAGGCAGCAUUUGCAGACUCAAGCGCGCAGCAUCCGCCUGACGGCUGCGCCUUCCGCCGAGGUCGCAAGAAGCGCAUUCCCUACAGCAAGGGACAGUUGCGGGAACUGGAGCGCGAGUAUUCAGCUAACAAGUUCAUCACCAAGGACAAGAGGCGCAAGAUCUCGGCUGCCACCAGCCUCUCAGAGCGCCAGAUCACCAUCUGGUUUCAGAAUCGCCGGGUCAAGGAGAAGAAGGUCCUCGCCAAGGUCAAAACCAGUGCUACUCCAUGA